AAGCACAAUGAUUGAAUUCCGAUGGAUUAAAGUGUCUUUAUUAAUGAUUCUGGUGCUGCAGUUUACAGCAGUUGCAGAACAGGUCCUCUCCUUGAUUGUCAGUGUUGGAGAUGAUGUCAUCUUGCCUUGUGACAGUGUGACAGAUAAUCAGAAUAACUGUGAUGGCACUGCAUGGGUCGUCACUUUAUCAGGAAACAGAGUAGAAGAUCUGGUUAAACUUGGGCAGAUUGUUGAAAAUGCCAAAGCUAAAUCAGACAGACUGAGUGUAACAGAGAACUGUUCUCUGGUAAUGAAGAAGGUCACAGCUGAGGAUGUUGGUCGUUACGACUGUCAACAGUCUACAUCAGGAAAACCUGACACGCUGGUUUAUCUGUCUGUUAUUAACAUGAAGGCACACGAAAAUGGUGACGAGGUGACACUGUCCUGCUCUACAUCAAGUAACACGUGGUGUAUUCACAAAGUGAAGUGGCUGUAUGUGGGUAAAAAUGGGGAUCAAGAUAACCAAGACAUGCCAACAUCAUAUCCUGACUGUUCAGCUAGUGUAACAUUUCCUACCAUCGAUCUCAAGCAGAAGUCAAAGUAUCAGUGUGAAGUGACUGAUGGUUAUACUAAAAAAGUGCAGCCGUUUCCCUUCAGCCGUCAGUCCUCAAGCGAGAAACCAGGUUGGUGGUUGUACAUCAUUGGGGCUGUGGGUUUAGUGACAGUACUAAUAAUCAUUGUAGCUGUCAUCAUAUGGAAGAGACCUAAAGGCGGCAAAACACAGAUGGAUGACGACACUGCACGGAGCUUAAACCCUGCGGUGACUCAGCCUGGCCCAGAAACCAGUCAGGAGACGGCUGAUCCUGAAGAUGGUGUUUCCUACACUUCUAUCAGCUACAAGAAGACCAAAAGCAAAGCCCAGGUUAAAUAUGAUGAUGAUGAAGGUGAUGCAGUGACCUACAGCACCGUCAAAGUUUCCUCUUCUGCUGCUGGAGCCUCUGCCGAUGCCAGUGACCUCUAUGCCACCGUCAACGAACCAAACAAAUAAGAGAGCACAGCGCCUGAGAAACAUUUGACAGGCUCUGGAUAUUCACCGGCGUUUUUGAGUGAAUAUUGGAAUCUUUACUCAUCAGGCCCUAAUCCAUAAUGGACAGAUCAAAUCAAAGAACAGCGAUCUGAAAAAAAAAAAAAACGGUAGAAUGGUGACCUUUAAAAGUAUGUACCUUUAGGGUUCCCGUGGUCGCGAAAUUCCUGGGAAAUGAAAUUAGAAGAAGAGUUUUCCAGGCCUGGAAGUGAUUUGGAAUUAACUAAAUGUUUUGGAAAAGUUUUGAAUUUGCAUUGUUUUGACCAUUGUUCAAAAUAUAUUCAUAAAAAUCCCAAAACAUGGCGAGCAUUAGGCGAAAUGAUUCCUGUAUUACUAAUUUAAAAUCUAGUGUUGCACUGCGUGACCACUGAAAUGUAGCUUACAUUGCAAGAGAGACACAGACCAGACUGGCAUCACAUCAUCGCCAAGGCCCAGGUCCCUUAUGGAGGAAAGAAAUGUGCCAUCACAUAAAAAGAGAAACAAGAAAAUGCCAAAAAGAUAUUGUGUCGGGGGUCAACCAAGGGUAUCCACUCUGAGAUUUGAGGCACAUAAUGUUUGUUAAAAUUGUCAGUGUUGUAAAUCGCUAGAUAAUGCUGGUGAUACCUGUCAUGAUCCAGACAUCAAGAUAUGAAUGAAUGUGUGAUGGGUCAGUGAUCCACCAGGAUAGGGAAGCCUGAAGGGACACGACAGCGAUCGACCUUGAUUUAUUAAGGUAUCGUCAGCGCUCAGGUUCAAAUGCAUACAAACUUGUCGAAGUAAAAUCCAAACACACGUCAAAUUGCUUUUACAUUCACAGGAUCUUCACUUUUCUAUCCUUGAAAAAUCUUAAAUCUAGCGACUGCAAGCAGUUUGCUUAUCGACAAAUGCCUGAGAAGUGCAUGUUUAAUAAUGUUAUGCUUAUUUAUUUUAAACUACCUAAAUAAAGUCAUGGAAAUGGGGUAAAAUAAUACGAAAAAAAUUAUGCACUUAAUUGUCUGACGUUCUCCAUGUAUACCACAGAUGCAGCCUGCUGGUUUGAGGCCUCUCUGCUUCACUGAGCAUGACUGCAGGAGGGAUGGGGUAAACACUGAGGCUUACAAGUGUGCAUGUAUUUAUCACAGACCUUCUCCAUGCUGCGGAGAUAUAAUGGACACAGUUUGUCCAUGCCCUAUUGAAUGACACAUAGUAAUAUUUCCUGAUGUGACUCGGCAGGACGACAUCAUUUUGUCUAUGCCUGUAAUAGAAAUCACACUUUACAGCAAUGGUAAAGGUUUGGUUAGGUUUAUGCACAAUGACAACUUGGUUAGAUUGAGGGAAGCAUCAUGGUCUGUUCAAGUUAGGGGAGCUUUGUCGCCAUGGUUACACUUACAAACAUGGUUACAAUUCAGGAAUGAUCAUGGUCAUGCUUCAAAAAAAAUAUGCCAGCAGGUGACUGACUCCUCUUUGCCAAGGUUUUGAAUUUGAAAUCAGAUACCAAUGUAAUGUAUAUGUGGAUAUUUCAGACCAGCUUGUAUCAUAACACGUUUUACAUUUACAACUGAAUAUUUAAAGCUUUCUGAUGGGAACAACAAGUCAUCUUUUACACCCAGUGAAUUUCACCUACUAACACUCUAUUGUGUUAAUGACGCUGUUUAUUCCUACUGGGACAUUAUGU